UCCUACUUGGGCACAUUCCCAUUCCUAUAACUCCAGGAUUUAUUUCUUACUGGCUAGUUUUACUGCGGAGAGCCGCUGUACAGCCUCAGACAGAUGCAGGUCCUAUCUGGAACUGUUGCUAUGACCCCAGGUACUACGGUCAGCUGGUCAGUUUUCCUGCGGAUGGCCGGAGAGCCGCUGUACAGCCUCAGACUGAUGCAGGUCCUAUCUGGAACUGUUGCUAUGACUCCAGGUACUACGGUCCGCUGGUUAGUUUUCCUGCGGAUGGCCGGAGAGCCGCUGUACAGCCUCAGACUGAUGCAGGUCCUAUCUGGAACUGUUGCUAUGACUCCAGGUACUACGGUCCGCUGGUCAGUUUUCCUGCGGAUGGCCGGAGAGCCGCUGUACAGCCUCAGACAGAUGCAGGUCCUUUCUGGAACUGUUGCUAUGACUCCAGGUACUACGGUCAGCUGGUUAGUUUUCCUGCGGAUGGCCGGAGAGCCGCUGUACAGCCUCAGACAGAUGCAGGUCCUUUCUGGAACUGUUGCUAUGAGUCCAGGUACUACGGUCAGCUGGUUAGUUUUCCUGCGGAUGGCCGGAGAGCCGCUGUACAGCCUCAGACAGAUGCAGGUCCUUUCUGGAACUGUUGCUAUGAUUCCAGGUACUACGGUCAGCUGGUCAGUUUUCCUGCGGAUGGCCGGAGAGCCGCUGUACAGCCUCAGACAGAUGCAGGUCCUAUCUGGAACUGUUGCUAUGAUUCCAGGUACUACGGUCAGCUGGUCAGUUUUCCUGCGGAUGGCCGGAGAGCCGCUUUACAGUGGCGGCGAGACUUCCACUUCACACUUAGGGACGUCCUGA